AUGUUGGAUGAGGUUCUUUUCCUGCUUACUGUAUUUCUGAAUACCGUGACCGCGCAGUUGGGCACGGUCACAGUUCCUACAACGCUAGCGCCGUCGAAUAGGACAUUGGUGAGGGUUUUUUGAAGAAGAGUGUGGUUUUUAAAGGGCUUUCUGAGUCAAAUUAAAAACCUUUUGUUCUGAUUUUUUGCCCAGUUGAACUUUUAAAAAUCAAUUUUUGAAUCUGUAGUAUUCCCAGAUCAUCCCAGGGGUUGCGAAAAAGAAAAAAAUAAUUCCAGUAACUCUGAUAAUUUUAAAACAAAGAGAUUGGACCAGUUAUGUUGUUCCAUGGACCCCUAAAGUGGCCACUAAAAUUUUGAGUAGUCUAGUAGUAGCACUUAGACCUCUAUAGUGGCCACUAAUUUUUAACCCCUUAAGUGGCCACUAAUUUGAUCACUAUACUGGCCACUAAAACGUCAAAACCCUAUAGUGGCCACUAAAAAUUUUCCCAGUGUUUCCUCAUCAAAAAAAAAUACUUUAUGCCGAAAAAAUCCAUUUUUUUAAAAACAUACUCGUUUCUUGGAUAAUCUUAGGGUUUGCAGCUUUCCAAAAAAAUCUCAUUUUUUUAUCUGAAAAAAAGUUCAGUUUUUUUCUAAUAUAUAACUAUACUAGAUCGUAGCAGAAAUAACGGCUUUUCAAAAAAUCUCAGUUUUGUUCUGAAAUACUCGUUUUCUUUAUUUAUGACCAAUUCCUGUAUAACCUUACAUGUUAAGAGUUUCAAAUUUACAAAAAAAAUCGUUUUGUUCUGGAAAAAACCUCACUUUCCAAGUUAUUCUAGACCACCGAAGCUUUUGCGUCCUUAUAAAAAAUCUGACUGCUUCCCCGAAAUUUUUCGAAUCAUACCCACUUCUAGAUCACCGUAGGAGUAGCCGCGGCUCAGCAGAUCCAAUCAGGCUCCAUCGGAUUCGCCCAAUGCGGCGGAGCCUUGACUUUGGCCGUGGAACGGCUCCGAAGAGACGGCUACGCCAUGGAGUUCGACUUCCAGCAAGUCUCCACCCAAUUACCUUUCUGAGGUUAAUUCCAGGUACAUCGUCAAUUAUACAGAGUGCGAUCGAGCUCUUGCGGUCGCUGCCGGCUUGGAUUUCAUGAAAAAUCGGAAAGUCGACGUCAUUUUCGGACCUCCUUGCCAGAGCCGUCAGUGUUAUUUAGGAAAAAUCAUCAUAAAUAGUAGAUUUUCCAGCUCUGGUCGUGAUGGGAGCCUUGUCGAGCCUGUACAAAACUCCAUUGAUGGCCUGGGGCUAUGUCUCGGCUUCUGAAUUUACCGACGCCACCAGAUUUCCAUACUUGACCACAGUUAAUCCGAAUUCUUUAUCGUGAGUGUAAUAUUGAUUUCUUUUUUCAGCUAUGAUAUGAGCCUUUUUUUAGCCUUGUAUCGAGCCACUAGAGAAAAAUCCUGAAAACCUUUCCUAACUGGGAAAAUUUUCAGUGGCCCCUAUAGAGGCUCGCCCAGGACCACUUGGAAAGGACACUAAAGUGGCCACUAAACCCACCUCUAUAGUGGCCACUAUUAUCCGUUUUAGUGGCCACUUCAGUAGUUUUUCAUAUAGUACUCCUUCCAAUAACUCUGAUAAAUUUAAAACCAACAGAUUGGACCAGUUAUGACGAUCCAGACCCCUAAAGUGACUAAAGCCCCUAAAGGGGCCACUUAAAUGUUUAGUGGUCUAGUAGCAUCACUUAGACUUCUAUAGUGGCCACUUAUUUUUAACUUCUAAGUGGCCACUAAGUUGACUACUAUAGUGGCCAUUAAAACUUCAAAACCCUAUAGUGGCCACUAAAAAGUUUCCCAGUAGUCUAUCGAAAAAUGAUUAAAUAUGAGAAGCUUGCAAAAGUGGCCCCUAUAGUGGACAUAGUCAAUUAAUGUUAUGAACUUUAUGAGAAGAAGUAUUAAAAACUCAAUCAAAAAACGUGUAAUUAAAAAAAACCCCUAUAGGGACCACUUGAUCUUCAAGGACCCAUUGAUCAGGCACUUAACUCCUAUAGGGUCCACUUAAUUUUUACCCUUAGAGAUAGGACUUUUUAGUCUCUUGAAGAAGCUCUUUUUAGCUUUUGAAAUUUUAUUGAACUUUUUUUUUUCACAUCAUCUAUAAACGCUUCGAAACAGUAAGUUCCGCGAAAAAUUGAAUAAAACCGCGAUGCGACCGCAACGCAUUGAGCCAUUCUUUCUGAAAACUUGAUUGAUUCCAACAAAUUUCAGACUCGGUUACUGUGUCGUCAAAGUGUUGGAGACGUUCAAAUGGAACAAAGUCGCACUGUUUUCCGCGAAUGACGAGAUGAACUAUUGCGGUUCGGUUGUCGACGACGUCGAGGUCAGGAUUCAGAAUCCCAUGACCUUCAACGUCUUCCUGUCUUGCAGAGGGCGAUGAACGACGCGCAGACUUAUCAAAUCGAUGUUUCACUAAAGUUGACCCUUCCGGCCAAUGAUGACGUCCUUUAUGAAAGUACCUUGAGUCGGGCUAAAAGUCGGGUUCGGAGUGGGUUUUUUUUUAUAGAAUUUCAGGUUUUGGAAAAUUUAAAGGGGACGUUAUAGUUAUCGUAAAUGAAGAACAAUUUUCCGUUAUCAAAUAUUGAAAAAAAUUGAGAAAAAAAUGAGCAAAAAAAUGGGUCAAAAAAAUAAAAAUUUUUUUGAUGCAUAAUUCAGUUGAAAAAAAUUCAGAAAAAAGAUCUUUAUUAAUGACUCAAGCGGUUACUGCACCCGACCUCAAGCGACUUGCGCUCUUUGCCAUCAACCGAUUCUUAAAAUUAAAAUUUUGAAUAUUUAAAACGAAUCUCAAAGCUUUCAGCCAUUCUAAAUGCGACCAAAAAACUUGAAAUCGACUAUAAUUUUUUUUUAGUAAUACUAUUCUGUGCAUACGGCGGACCAGACCGACGAAAAUAUUUGACCAAAAUCGCCAAACUCAACAUGACGACUAAUGAAUACGUUCACAUAUACCUCUCACUUCGGAGCAGCGGUUAUGGUCAGUAAAAAAUCAAAAAAGGAGCUUAAAAAUAAUUUUUCAGGUCAGGUCGUCGUCACGGACACUGUUUGUAAGUUUCGCAGCAUUUCUGAAAAUUUCUGUGGUUUUUCUUAAAAAAUGUGCUAGAGUCAUUAAAGGAGCAGGGGCAAUUUUUUAAAGGUCUCGAGACGAAAAGCCGUUUUUAAUGUUUUUUAAGGUCUUUCAAGACUUUUUCGCUUUGAAAAACAUCAUCAAGAUGUUUCUGAUCAACUUUUUAGGAUUUCCAGAGUGGUCACUUUAGGGACAUCCUUCAGGAUUUUUGAAGGUUCCCCUCUAAGGACCACUUUACAUUGCCGGGGGCCACUGAAGCUUGUUAAAGUGAUCCCUUUAAGGUUUUAGUUAGUAGGCCGAGCUCUAUGAAGUAGCAUCUUCAUGCGAAAAAUUAGAUAAAAUAGCUUAAUUUGAGAAAAAAAAAUCAAUAGAAGAUGAUUAAACGUUUUAAAAGACCCUAUAGGGGCCACUUGAACUCUAGUGGUCAGGCCCUAGAGCCUUACAGGAGCCAUCUCAAUUUUUAACCGUUCAGAAAGCUUUUCUUCCCCCCUUACAAGGGCCUUUUUCCCGUAACCUCUAUAGGGACCACUAUGGGGCUCAAAAAAAGCUCCCGUCUUUUAAAAAAAACCUUGAAAAUUGUUCGAUUUCUAGUAUCAAACGGCUUGUCCCCAUUCUGGCUCGAUAUUUCGAAAAAUAAUGCGGACGGAUUGGACGCCGUCGCCCGGGAAGCAGCCCCGUCCACGUUCAUGGUCGGUUUGGCUUCUUUCCAAGUUUUCUUCCUCUUUCAGAUUUUCCCGAAAAGGUCUUUUUGUUUAUAUUUUCAGAAGAGUUUUUUGGCUUCUUUCAGUUUACUUCCUGAAGAAAAUUGUUAUGAAAUAUUUCAGUUCACAUGAUUUUUAUCUGGUUCAAGUUCAGCUAUGUUAAAAAAAGAGUGAUAUUUGAAAUACAUUUUUUUAAAAAUUAAGAACUAUUUUUAAAAACACUAUUAUUCUGCCUGUAUUUUUUUCAAAAAAAUUCACUUUUUUUGAAAAGGGACCAUAAAAAUGUUCGGAAUUGGCCGUUUCGAAACAGUUUUUUUCAAAAAGAUUCUGAAAAAAAGUUUUUUUUACAAGUUUUUUUCUUCUUCAAAUUUUCCUAUAAACGAUAGUUUUUUUGAACGGCUUAAAAAUCUCAAUUAGAAGCACAAAAAAAUUCAGAAAAAAAUAUUUUCGAAAAAAAUCUGAACAAAUCAUUCCACCAAAUAAUCAUGAAAAAAAUCUAAUUUGCCAUUUUUGAAAAAGACAUCAUUUUGAAGCGGCUUUAUUGAAACCUUUCAAAAAAAUAUAAAAAAACCUUUACGGAUUUUAAGACUUUAAAAAGAAAUCACGUGAUUUCACGUCACGAUUUUGAAAUUUUUUUCUUGAAACUUCCCUUUUUUUCAAUUUUUUUCGAAAAAAAUUAGCCAAUAACGGUCUUGGGAAAGAAUAGAAACUUUCAAAUUAUCAAUAAAUGAAUAAAAAUAAAAAAACGAACAGAUCGACCUGCAAAACGAAGUGGCCGACCUCAAUUACCUGCAAUACUUCAAGUCGCACCUGGCCGACGCCGUCAAAAAUCCGCCAAUUUCUUGCGCCACUCAGGAAUGUAUCAAUCUGAACCAGAAUAUGGUGAAUAAGCUUUAUUUGAAGAUUCUUGGCCACAUUUGGAAUGGCUCGGAUUGAGAAAGUAAAAUCAAAAAAUUGUAGCGAAAAAAACUCCAAGGAAAAUUACGAAAGUUCGGACGGUGGUUAUUUGGAAAAUUAGGCCGUGUUUUGCAUUUGUGAAAUACGGCCUUUGAGGUAAUAAGGACGUUUUUAUUUAAAUGAGUCCUUGCCCGCGGCGAAACUUCCAUAAUCGAUCUUAUAAAAAAUUUUGAACGUAUUGGGAAAAUUAUUAGAGGCCACCAUAGGGUUUUGACGUUUUAGUGGCCACUAUAGUAGUCGUAGACCACUAAAAUUUUGAGUGGCCACUUUAGGGGUCAAGGGAUCAUCAUAACUGAUCCAAUCUUUUUUGUUUUGAAAUUAUCAGAGUUACUGGAAGCAAUACUGGAUGAAAAAAUACUGAAGUGGCCACAGAAUAAAGAACCUCUAUAGUGGCCACUAAAAAUUUUCCCAGAAGUGAAACGUUUUUUUUGUAAUAGAAGCUUAUAGGCCUUUUAAAGUUUGUGCGAGAAUUUUCAAAUAAAGAUGUAUAAAGCACGUUGAAAGCUUCAAAAACGCUUCACAGCCGUCCCGCGCCGAGCCAUUCCAAGUGCGACCAUGAGCUUUUAAAAAGAAGACCUUUUAAAACGGUUUUUUAGUCGAUGGGCGUUUUCGCACGACAUUUGCACGACGCCAUGUACUUAUACGGAAUGGCCCUGACGAAUUUGGUUCGAAACGGAUCCUCGAUUCGAGAUCCCGACGCGGUAGAACUCGCCAUGCAGACCACGUUUCCCGGUCUUUUCAAAACCAUUUUUUCGGACUCAAAGGGAAAUUUUAGGACUGAGCGGAGAAGUGACAAUAAACCAGAACAACACCCGACUCCCUCUGUUCGUUUUUUACGGGAUCAACAAUAAAUACGACCAAGUCUCAUUCAUGAACGUCACCUACUUCUCCUCCGUGGCGGUGGGGAGUACACUACCUUAGCUCCGAUCUCAAAAAAUCGCCAGCCAUUCUACGGAUUCCGGUUUCAGACGGUCUCCCUGGCCUAUUCGGACGAGUCUGUCAUCUGGGCUCGACGAGGGGGAAAACGGCCGUUGACGACGCCGAUCUGCGGGUUUUUGGGCGAUAAGUGUCCGAAGAGCUUCAUGGACCAGUAUGGGACCCUUGUGAUUAUUUUGGGGGCUGUUCUUGGCGUCAUUCUGAUUGCUCUGAUCUUCUUCGUCAUCUACAUCAUCAGGUAGGAUUCCGACCGUAGGAAUCGGGAGUUUUCAAUCAAAGUCUGGUUUACUUAGGAUUGGCAGAGUGGUCCCUGAAGGGGUGAAUUUAGGGGCCGUUGAAGGUUCACCUCUAGGGGCCACCUCACCUUCCCUCUAUGGGGCAUCAAAGCUGGGUCGUUUAUUGUUGUUAUACCCCUGUAGGGGCCACUUGAACUUGAGCUUCCUAGAGAGCCCUAUUUUGUCCCCUCUAGGGGUUGUUUUCCUAGCCACUCUAAGGACCACUUCACCUUUCUUCUACGGGCAUCAAAGCUUGCAAAACGAGGGAACUUCAAGAGAGCCCUGGUCGUUUAUUGUUGUUAGUUAUACCCCUAUAGGGACCACUUAGGGAGCACUGUUUUUUUCUUCUGUAGUGGUUGUUUUCCUAGCCCCUCUAGGGACCACUCUAGCGUUUCUAAGCAAUUUAUCGAAAUUAUAUCAAAAUUUUAAAAAAAUGAGCAUUUUUUUACUGUCAGUUUUGGCUGAAAACUCGGAAUACUGUGCUAAAAACUAUUUUUCCUAUUUUUCCUAAAACUCAUGCAAAAUAUUGCUAGAACUCAAAAAAUCUGCUCUUUUUGAACAUCGACAAGAAAGUUAUAGAAAUUUUCGGUGCUUUCCAUCCUUCUUUAUAACUUGAAUUUCAGAUCAAAGCAACUGGAACAAGAGAGGAUCAACUCGGAAUGGCAAAUCCCGAUCACAAGGCUCCAAAAACCGCCUUCAAAGGUUCAGAAACUCAAUUCCAGCUUGAUUCUGGACUUUCAGAAAGAACGUGAACGUCAGAGCAAACGUUCCCUCCAAUCCGGACCUUCCACGACGACUGGAGACACCAAAUUCACAUAUGAUGGAGAAUUUAGUCAUUAUACCAUCUUGUACCUGGAAAGGGAGCCCGUCAUCACUACCAAGCAUCCGGCUUCGACUUUGACUAAAAUGGACUACGAGCGUUUCGUCAAUGUUAGUAUCUUCAUUUCUUGUAACAGUCUGACCUGUCUGCGCCCUCUUUUCUCUCACCGUUUCAAGAAAAGAGCUUAUUGAAAAUGGUGGCGCUGAGAGAUUAGAAGAUUUCAAGGAAAAUACAUUUUGUUUUAAAGUUUUGAGACGAGAAGUCUUCCUCCCACACGGCGUUUUUGUUAGUGGAAGGAAAUGCAAAACAAAAAAUUAAGGGGGCUUGGCCGCUCCCAUGUGACGUCAUGAGAAAAACGCGUAAACAACAGGAAAUAUUAAAGGCGCAUGUUCAAUGGGUCCUGAGAGGAAUCGAUUUAAAAAUUUAAAAAAACCUUGAUUUUUUUCUGUUUUGUUUUAAAACGCAUGCCGUGUUGAAAGUAAUUCCGAGAAAUUCAAAAUAGCCAGCCGAGAGUGAAAAAUGUAACUGAAUUUCCGUUCGCGAAAAUUACGCUGAACGCGACGUGUGCCAGAGCGCCGCAGUGUAUGCACACGACACACUACAUUUUACGGAAAAAAUGUGGGCGAACAAAAAAAGGCCGUGCACAAGUAGUAGUGUGUGAACUAAAGUUUUUCGAAAAAUAGGAAAAAUUUUGGACAUUCGAGUCCCCAUGGGUGGUGCUGUUAAGGUUUUUAACUAAUUCUACUGUUUUGGUAGGUUUUUGGGGGCGGCUCAGCGAUUGGGACUGGACCUUUCGAAGCGACUUUCACCGCGGCAGCCAGUCCGGGCCGUCGGAAGUCACUGGCGGACUGUCUAAAGAUACGGCAUCAGAAAUCGGCGAUCAUUCAGACGAAAAUCGGGCAGCACCACCGAUAGCACCGCCAGAAAGAUCUGCCUUAUAUAGACGGCGAUCUGGCUGCGGCCGACCUGGAACGGGUCCGCCGAGUUGUAUAUCGCUGUGUUGAGUGUUUGGAACGUCAUCAUAUCUCUCUUUGUCGGGGAGAUGAGAAGAGUAAACAAUACAGAAGGCGAUGUCGAGAGCGGUUAGAGAGCGUGGGGAAAGUAGAGAGGAGUCAGAGAAAAAGUUUUCGACUUGCUGUUCUUUAAAAAAAUCGAAAAUUCUUGGAAUUAGAUUAAAAUUAAAACCGCUUCGCGACCGCGCGCGUCAUGACGUCACCACGGCUUUUCGAAUCGGUGAAAUUUUAAUAGAAAAGUAUGCAAGUAUGAGAAAAAGCGAUUCAUUUAUAAGUGAUGGAAUUAUUGGAUUUGAAGGAAAAAUAUUCUCAACAAAAAAACUUUCAGAUGCGAAAAAUUGGACCACGACAACAUCAACAAGUUCAUCGGCUUGUCCAUCGACGGCGCUGAAUACGUCGUGGUUUUGGAAAAAAUGUGCGCCAGGGGGAGCUUACAGGUGAAAUUUAGCUUCAUUAACAGGUGAGGUAAAUUUUCCUGGAACUUUGAAAUUUUUUAGAAAAUGGUCUAAAUUUUUUUUGACGGAAGAUAGGGAUUUUUCAAUUUUUUCAGAUUUCGAAAGAAUAAUUCGUCUUUUUCUGGACGCUUUGCCCUGAAAAAAAUUUGAUGAUUCUGUUCAAAAAUAUAAGAAAUCGAGAACUUUGAGACUUCAGAAAGAACGAAAAUUCACAUAAGCAAAGCAAUUUUGGUCAAUUUUCAGAAAAAUUACCUCCCUUAUGAAAAAUCACUGUAAAACUCCUUUUCAGGACAUAAUUUCCCGAGGAAACUUUUCAAUGGACCCUUUUUUCAUGUUCUGCAUCAUUCGCGACAUCGCCGAGGUAGGAAAAUAAGAGAAAUUUUGAAAAAUUCCAAUUUUCAGGGCCUGAAAUUCCUUCAUCACACUUUCCUGCCAAAUCAUGGAAAUUUGAGAUCCGGCACUUGUCUGGUCAACGACAGUUGGCAGGUUUUUUUAAUCAUAAUUCUUGAAAAAAAUCAGGCUUAUAUUUGAAGAAAAAAAUAAUGAGAAGGAAACUGUUUAUUCGAAAAAAACUUUUAAAAAAAUAUUUCUUCGAUUUUUUUUACAAAUUUAUCAUUUUGAACGAAAAAUUUAAUAUAUAAUAUUAUUUAUUUACAGGCAGAACAAAAAUAAUAUGUACAGAAAAAAAGAGAAAAAAAUUUUGGCAUUAAGCCUGAAAUAAAUAAAUAAAAGGCACUUGAGGCCCUCACGAGCCUCUGAGCCAGUAAUGAAAGAAUAAGAGGUGAGGAUUUCACAAAGGUAAAAAGUAAAUAGAAAAAGAAAAGUAUAAGUUAUGACACAGUGUAGCACAGGUGAGUGGGGAAUUUAAUCGUUUGUAAUGAUAUAGACGCGCAUAAGAUGGAUUAGAGUAGGGCUGAAGCACGGGUGCCUGGUUCAACGGAGUCUGCUGGGAAUAGAUCCAAAAAAAGGAAAUUGUUAUCGAGGGAUAGUAACAAAGACCUGAAACGUUCUGGAGAAACAUUGAGGUUUCCCAAUGUAGCCAGUUUAUUCCAAAGAGGGAUGAACGUCUCAAAGAAAUUUUCGAAACGAAUCCCUACUCUGAUAAGACGUGAUGGAGCACGUACCGAAUUCGAUCUCCUGAAAACACUGUGAGCAACUGGCAAAUGACUCUCCUUAAUAUAAAUUUUAUGUAGUGUUCUUAGACAAAAUUCGACUCGUCUUCUAAAAAGAGAGUUUGUGUUAAUCUGAGCUAACCUGUCUUCAUAACUAGAAAACCUAAUGUUUGAUCUCAUGAAUGUUUGGCGAGUAAAUUGACGGAAGAUGUUUUCGAGGGUGUAAGAUAGUUCUGAAGCUAAUUUCGUGAUGCUUCAUUAAAAUUAACGUGAAUUUGGUUAAAUGUAUCGUCAUCUUUUUGAAUUUUCCUCAUUCUUCUUUUUACUUUUCUAAUCUAAAUUUGAAUAAUCUCGUUAUCAUAAAAAACUGGGCACUAAAUGGAACUCAGUUUCAGAAAUUCAUGACCAGAAUUGAAAAAUUACUCAUUUUUUUGAGUAGAUGGGUGAAGUACUUGAAAAAAAUCUUCAAGAAUAAGCUUUUUAUUUCAAGUUUCAUAUUUUCAUUGGGAAUUUAGUUAAUCCUUUUCGACUUGAAAGGCAAAAUUGGCAAGAAUGGCGCGUUGCGUACGCGACGCGGUUUUUUGGCGCGAAACUCGAGGUCAAAUUAUGAAAAAAUGUUCCGAAAAAAUUCGUUUUUUGCUUUUAUUUUGUUCAACUAAACCUUUUCAAAACAAUAAAAAUAGGAAAUCAUUGAAAAGCGUCAAAAAAAAAGGAAAAAAAUGUCGAGUUCCCCGCCAGAUAGCCGCGUCGCGUACGCAACGCGUCAACCUUGUCAAUUUAUAGUCCGACUUGCGCCUUCCUUAUCUCCCGUCUCUCAAUUUUAUGUGCUCUUUUCAUGUUUCUCUAAUCUCGCCGGUGAGUGAACAGAGAGACGCAGACACGUGAAAAACUGUCAAUUCACGGCAGACGGACCAUACCCGUCUUGCCUUUCAGGCCCCCCAAAACUGACUAUACGCUUGAAAUUAUAAAUUUUUAGAAGUUUCCAAGUUUCAGGUGAAAAUCACGGACUACGGUCUGGACAACCUUGCCGAAGAGUCGGCGCCGACGAAAAAAAGACAACUUUGGGUGGCGCCAGAAGUUCUUCGAAAUAACACGCCGCGGAGUCAAAUCGACAAGUCCGCCGACGUUUAUUCCUUCGCCAUCGUCUGUUCGGAAGUCCUGACCAGAAAACCGGCCUUCGAUUGGAAUGACCGGAAGGAAAGCGUUGAUGGUGCUUUACUCUUCCAGAUUUCUAUGAAAUUUGAAGCUUUCAGAAUUGAUUUAUCUGAUCAAAAAGGGCGGAAGGAACGCUUUGAGGCCAGAACUCGACAUGGAAGGCGUCGAGAUGAAUCCGGCGGUGGUAAGAUUGGAAAAAAAAUUUCUUUUUGUCACAAAAUCCAUUUUCUUGAAAAACCUAGGUCAAUUCAAAAAAAAAAAUUAGUGUUUGUUGAAUUUUUUGUGAGAGAAAGAAACGUAGGAAAAUGUUGUAUCUUGAAGUUUGAUGCCUCAAAAAAAUGAAUCAACUGAGAAAAACUCAAGUGGUCCCUUAAGAGGUUUUUCUAGGAUUUUUACUUUUCUACUAGGAGAGGACCCUAAAGUGGUCACUAAAACCAUCUCUAUAAAAGCCACUUCUCGUGUCUUAGUGGCCACUAUAGUAGUUUUUAGUGGUCUGAUAAUACUAAUUAGACUCCUAAAGGUGCCACUAAACUAUAGCCACUUAAAUGGCCAUUCAUGCGACUACUACAGGGGCCCCUCAAGCGUCAGAACCCUAAAGUGGCCACAAAAAUUUUCUCAAAAGUUGAAAAAAUUUUGAUCUUUCUGCGCUCUAGUUACUGGCAACACUCUCACAUUGUUUUUAUUUCUAUGACCUCUCAGACGAGAGAAAAGAGGGCGCAGACAAGUCAGAAUUAGAAGGAUGAAAGAAGGAAAAUUUUCAGUUGCAUCUGGUGAGAGAUUGUUGGAGUGAAACGCCAGAAGAACGACCAAUGAUGGACGUGAUCACGAAUUUGCUCAGCGGAAUGAUGCCCAGGUUCAGUUUUUCAUUUUUUGGUGAAAACGGGAGUUUUCUUCAAUCUUUUUUUUAAUAUAUUUCUACUCUGAUUUAGGAAAAUGUGGCUUUGUUUCCACUAGAAAUCUCUCAAAAUCGUGAUAUCAAGCUUCUUCCAGUAAGAAGUCUAACCUAAUGGACCACGUGUUCAACAUGCUGGAGGAGUACACGACAACGUUGGAACUGGAAGUCGAGGAACGGACCAAAGAACUGUCGGCGGAAAAGAAAAAGGCCGACGUCCUUCUGGGCAGAAUGCUCCCCAAGUAGUCCCGAUCUUCAAAUUCCCCAAAAUAAAAGGAAAAUAGACAAGUGGCGGAACGACUGAAGCUGGGCCAAACCGUGGAGCCGGAAGGCUUCGACUCGGUCUCCGUCUUCUUCUCCGACGUCGUCAAGUUCACCAUCCUCGCCACGAAAUGCUCGCCUUUCCAGGUCCUCCUUCGAGACGUCGGAUCAUCUACAACCUCGUUUUCAGGUUGUUAACCUUCUCAACGACAUGUACAGCAACUUUGACGCCAUUAUCGAAGAACAUGGCGUCUACAAGGUGGAAAAUCUUCAGAAUAAUCGAUUAAUUAAGGGUUUUCCAGGUAGAAUCAAUUGGAGACGGGUACCUUUGCGUUUCAGGUCUUCCUGUUAGAAAUGGCUAUGCCCAUAUUCGGUUUGACGGUGACUAGAAUGCAUUUCAAAAAGUGGUGGCUUUAGGGAAAUCGUAGAGAUGUCGCUAGACUUCAUGUCCUACAUCAAAUCGUUCAAAAUUCCUCACUUACCUCGGGAAACCGUCGAGCUGAGGAUAGGAAUCAAUAGUGGUGAGUUAUAGUCUAUUAAUAGCUUCUUCUGGAUUGAAAGCUUUUUAUUGCUCCAAAGGAGAGUUCUAUCUUUGAUUUUUACCGCAGCCAACCUUUUGAAAGUUUCCUCCUCUGUUUAAAUAUGCCAGAAAAAGUACGCUCAGAAAUUUUCGCUUUGUUUUUUUCAAAGGAGCAUAGCACAAAGUUUAGGUGUUUCUUUUUCAAAAGCUUUGAGAAUUUUGUUCUUGUGAUGGUAAUUUUUAACAUUAGUUCAUUGGAGACGAAGAAAUAAUUCGAAAAAUCGACUACUCUAGGGGUCACUAAAACGUCCAGACCCUAAAGAUCCUACUGAAAAUUUUUCCAGAUGCUGUUUAAAAAUUAUCAGUGAAAAUUUUUUUGAAAAGGCUUAAAGCUGGUUUAAAGUAUAUUUUCAGGUCCUUGCGUAGCUGGAGUGGUAGGUCUGAGCAUGCCGAGGUACUGUUUAUUCGGCGACACUGUCAAUACGGCUUCCCGAAUGGAAAGUAAUGGAAAAGGUUGGAUUAGGAACUUUGCAAAAUUCAAGUUUAUCUUCAGCUUCUCACAUUCACCUUUCCGGCGCUGCUCAUCAUUUAUUAGUUUCACAGUAUCCCCAUCAGUAUGAGACCCAAAGUCGAGGCGACGUCAUAAUCAAGGUGAUAAUAUACUGUUUCAAAUUUCAUUUUUCAAAUUGAAAGUUCAAGAUAAAACUAAUGAGGCCAAAUCCCACAACUUUUGAUAAAAAGAACAUUUUUUGAAUCAUGACCAGCUUCGUUCCAUUCUUGCCACCACCUUACCUCCUCUAUAGGAACACUUAAGCUUGAAAAAGGGGUCACUCUAGGGAGUGUCUUCAUAGUUAUGAACUUCCAUGCGAAAAACUCAAUAACUCAACUUAAAACUAGAAGACCCCUGUAGGGACCCCUUAAGCUUCAUGGGCUUAGAAGUCAGACCACCCAGGCUUUACUCUCUCUGAUAUCUUCCUUGUAUAGCUGAUUCACGGCUAGCUUGGGACGCUAAGGGGGCGUGGCCUGUCUGCGCUCUCCACGAGCCAGGCGCUAUCUCGUGCAUUAUCGUGACAGGACCCUUUUUUCGAUGGCUCAAGUCAGCCGUGAACCAGCUAUAGUGGCUGUUUUUCUUUUUCCUCUCCCCUCUAGGGAGCACUCUGGCGUCCCAAAAAUCUGAAUUAUUUCAGGGAAAAGGAGUAAUGGAGACUUUCUGGGUACAUGGCCGCAAGGGAGACAAGACAGUGUAUAAUCGAGAGAGCACUCCGCCACAGAAAACGGUUAAUUUUAUUAUUUUUUCAAACCUUCAAUGAUUUUUUGAGGUACUCGUGAAAACCCAACCGAAAGAGCGUCAAAUCACACCGGAUUCUCUGCUUUCAACAGAACGAUCCGUCAGUCCGAUCAUGCAGAAACUGGACUACAAUAAUGAAGACGCCCUUUAUCGGAAAUUCAGGAAAAGCGAACCCACUUUAGCUUGA